UUUAUGUUGGUGACAUCCAAGAGUCUUUUCAUUACUGCAAGUAUAGACGGGAUGAAAACCAACUUUACAUAUUCGCUGAUGAUUGUGUUCCGAGAUGGCCUAUGGCAUCAUACCACAUAGAUUUUGACACCAUGGCUGGUGCGGACAAGUUUGGAAAUAUCUAUUUCGUGCGGUUGUCGCAAGACGUAUCUGAUGAGAUAGAAGAAGAUCCUACUGGCGGGAGGAUCAAGUGGGAGCAGGGUAAGUUGAUUGGAGCUCCCAAUAAGGUGGAAGAAAUUGUACAAUUUCAUGUUAACGAUGUGAUCUCAUGCCUGCAAAAGGCCUCUCUUAUACCAGGUGGCGGAGAGUGUAUUUUAUAUGGAACUGUUAUGGGAAGUAUUGGGGCAUUACAUGCUUUUACUUCACGAGAUGAUGUUGAUUUCUUUUCUCAUUUGGAGAUACAUAUGAGGCAAGAUAAUCCACCUUUGUGCGGAAGAGACCACAUGGCGUAUAGAUCUGCCUAUUUUCCUGUUAAUGAUGUUAUUGAUAGGGACCUAUGUAAGCAAUACCCAACAUUGCCAAUGUAUUUGCAGCGAAAAAUUGCGGAUGAAUUGGACAGGACCCCUCGAGAAAUUCUGAAGCAACUCUUGAAGAUAUUGCUCAUAAUUCAAAUUCAACUUUCACAGAGCAGAAUCAAACAAAUAUGCGUUUCAAAUUCCUGA